AUGUGCGAAUUCUUAUCGGAGCUCCUCGAGCAGGACCGGCCGUUGGAGGUGCACAUGCUCCCACGGGGUCGAGCGAUGGAGGAGCAAGCGGCGGAGGUGCUGCUGCAGGUAUUGAACGCCCGGAUUUCCAAGGCGUGGGCCGGCCACCAGGGCAUGGGCGACAAAUGGGGCGCCAAAGGACUUCCAGACAGCCCCGACAAGUCCGAGGGCCGGCUUCUGGACUAUACCGUGGAGGCUGGGUUUGGUUGUGGUGCCGCUGCCUUGGCUGUGCUUGUGCCUGUGCAGGAGGCAGUCGUCUUCAUAGGAGCGCCUCCCUUUUUGGGCUUCAGGAGGCGGGCCUUCCUUUAG